AUGGAUCCCCAAGGCCUCAGUUCCCAUUCCAACGAACGUGCUCGCUCCAUGCGACCGUGGGUAGCAGCAACGGUGGCAGAGCUUCCUCCACCUCUUUCUCUGGCCAUGUAUCCUCCGUAUCCUCAACAAAACUAUCAGACAUCCUCGACUCAAGGUUGGGGGGUGACUGGCGAUCCCGGUGCUCCAUUCAUGAUGAUGGAUGGUCACUACCAGGCCAUCCAGAACCCACCGCAGCUCCACUUGGAUACAGUCGACUCUGCCUUUUCAACUCAAAUCCCAUCACUCGGUAUCAAUAUGAACGGUUUUGGUGCCGGCGGUCUUCCUCUGGGGCGGUCCCAAGGUCUCGGUUUGUCGCGCGAACCAUCGCUCACAGGAUUCGAACAGAGCCCUGCCCUUUCUCGAGGACCAUCAUUCCCGGGUUCCGACCGAAGCUUCGCUCUUUCUCGGGGUUCAUCGUUCACGGGGGUUGACUCCAGAUUGGGGUUUGAGGGGAUGAACGGCGCAGGUCAUGGCAAUUAUCUUCAAAUCUUGCCUCAUGAUCAGCAUUCUCUUCAAACAUAUGGAGAGUCACAUGCAGGUGACCUGUUUGCUGAUGCCAGUUAA